AUGGACUCAUUAGAGACACCGCUGGAUCCUCUUUCUCCUUCAAGCUCUGGAUACUACUCACCAAUUGGGAGCGACGCCAUACAAACGCCGUUCAUCGAAGAGCACGCUGGCGGACGAAUCUACGCUGACCCAAGGGAACCAGAAGCCAGCGUAUUCGACUAUGUAGGGUCGCCGUCUUCUCCGGAAACUCGACGGAAAGGAGGCUACGAAUACACUUCCGACGUCAACUCGCCGUCUCAUAAGUUCUCGCAGUCGUCCCUGGUCUCACCGAUCUUGGUCUCGCCUAGGUACAGAAGCUACUCCUCGUUCUCCUUGACUCCAGAUGGCCGGACUUGUGGCGACAAGAACUUGGAAGAAAACCCGUUUGAACUUAUGUUCUCGCCCGAGCUGCUAGAGGAUGCCCUCGAUGAUUCUGGAGAUGCUCCACGACCACCGGAUGAGGAGCUUGACCGCCCGCCUGAUGACCCCGCCGCUUGCGAUAUUCACUUCAAUUACGACGCACAUAUGCACUCUGAGAAAUUCCCAGAAGGACACCAGCUGAACCGGCACUUCGUAAGGAACUAUGUUCUGGAGGACCAGCUCGGCGCUGGAGGAUAUGGCUUCGUCAUGACUGCUCACCAUCGCGAACGGGGCUACGAGGUCGCUGUCAAAUUCAUCAUAAAAGAGAAAGUCCCAGAUGGCGCUUGGAUGGUCGACGAAGUUCUUGGAAAGCUCCCGGCUGAAGUUCUGCUACUUUGCUUCAUCGAUCACGAGAAUAUAGUCAAAUGUCUGGACUUGUACGAGGACAAGAUCUAUUACUAUAUGGCAAGUUGUUGCUUCUCCCUUUCUGCAAAAGUGCAAGAAUUACACGGAUCUCCUUGGUCCAACCCCAAGAACCGUCCCUUGCAUCUUCACCCCUCCCUAAAACCGAAACACCAGUCAUGCCUACCACAACCAUGCAAUAACACGGUAAAAAAGCUAGAUCCCAGCAAGGAACUAGCUAUAAAUCGCCCUGAAUUCUCUCGAAGGCCGUCACACGAUUUGUUUGAGUGUAUAGAGCAAUCCGAGCACAAGCGCCUUUCCCAAGAGCAAGCUCGCUACGUAUUCAAACAGAUCGUCGAAGCAGUCUACUACCUACACGUUCAAGGCGUAUCCCACAGAGACCUAAAGGACGAGAACGUGGUCAUUGACAGGAACUUCAAGGCCAAGUUGAUAGACUUUGGAAGCGCUGUUAUUGUUGACCCUUCAAAACCCCGCCCGUUCUACGAUGUCUUCUUCGGGACGACGGCCUAUGCUGCUUCGGAGAUCCUCCUCAAGAGGCCAUACCAGGCCGCUCCAGCCGAAGUCUGGACAUUGGGCGUGCUCUUAUCGUAUCUCCUCACCGGAUCGUCGCCGUUCCCUUUAAGGCAGGAUGCCAUCGACGGCAAUAUCGUUCUCUGUGGUUCAGCAAGGCAGAGCAUCCCGCCCGAUGCGAUGGACCUGUUGAAGAGAUGCCUCCUCCCCGAUCCAACACAGAGGAUCACUAUCGCUGAAGUCAAGGAGCACGCAUGGUUGAAAGAGCCAGAAAACUAA